CAGCAGCACUGCAUUAGUGUUUAUUAGCCAGCUGCUUUUCUCGCAGCUAAUGGUCCUCGUUUCUGCAUAAAAAUAUUUCUGAAACAGUUUCACACACAAAAAGAUGUGAUCGAGUGAAAUCUCGGAACCAGUUAAUGUUUGAGUUCUGCUUUAAAAACCCAGAUAUGUGAAGACAUGCAGACCACAACUUCAGCUGGAGAGACAUUAAACUCUGGGGGAUGUGUCCCCAUCAUGGACCAGCAAAAGGUUGUAAAGAAGGAGGAACCUGAAGAUGAAGGCUACCCCUAUGGAAAUGGAGAAAGCUCUGAGACAAAUGUAAAUGUCACCCCUGUUAACCAGUCAGAUGAAGAAUUCAUGAAGACUGUUAAGGAAGAAGAACCUGAAGAUGACGACUCCCACGGUGGAGGAACGCAGUCUGUGAGACGGGUGAUCAUUAUGGAUGAAGACAAUGAAGUAUUUCAGGAGAUGCCUGUAAAAGAGGAGGAACCUGAAGAUGAUGACUAUCUCUACUGUGAGGUUUGCAGAUCUUUCUUCAUCAGUGAUUGUGAGGUUCAUGGCGAAGCCCUCUUUAUCAACGAUACUCUUGUUCCCAUGGGGGUCACUGAUCGAGCCAAACAAACCCUUCCUCCUGGUCUUGAGAUUCAGAAGUCUACUGUUUCUGACUCAGGCCUGGGGGUGUUUAAUAAGGGAGAGACUGUUCCCGUUGGUGUGCACUUUGGGCCUUACCAGGGAGAUCUGGUAGACCGAGAGGAAGCCAUGAACAGUGUCUACUCUUGGGUGAUAUACAAGAGCAUGCAGUGUGAGGAAUACAUCGAUGCUAAGAGAGAGACACAUGCUAACUGGAUGAGGUAUGUAAAUUGCGCUCGUAACAGUGAUGAGAAGAAUCUCGUGGCAUGCCAGUAUCAAGGAGGGAUUCUCUACCGAUGCUGUCAACCCAUCAAACUAGGGCAGGAGCUCCUGGUGUGGUAUGAAGAGGAGUAUGCCAAACAUCUUGGUGUUACGUUCGACUACCUAUGGAACAAAAAGUCAACAAAUGAAAUGAAGAGCUUCCCGUUGCAAGUCUUCUCUUGUUCAUUGUGUUCAUUUUCCUACACGUGUCAAAUUUACCUCCACAAACACAUCAAAAGAUGCCAUUAUGAAGAAUACGUGAGGCUGCUGAAAUGCGGAGUGAUUAAUCAUAAUAAUGUGACGUCCACAACCAGCUCCAGCAGUCAGCAAACAUCCGCUGGUACCGUCUACACUAAAACUGGACAAAUUCAGAAAGAACUUCAUCACUGCUCAGACUGUGGGAAGAGUUUUACUCACCCGAGUUAUCUCCUACAACACCAGCACGUUCAUACAAGAGACCGGCCGUAUCACUGCUUGGACUGUGGGAAGAGUUUUACCAGAGCUGUUAAUCUCCAAAUCCAUCAGCGCAUUCACACAGGAGAGAAACUGUAUCACUGCUCACAGUGUGGAAAGGAUUUUACUCGACAGCAUCAUUUCCAGCUACAUCAGCACAUGCACACAGGGGAGAAGCCGUAUCAGUGUUCAGAGUGUGGGAAGAAUUUUACCCGACCUGGUAACCUCCAGUUACACAAGCGCAUUCACACGGGGGAGAAGCCGUAUCAUUGCAUACAGUGUGGAAGGAGUUUUACACAGCAGACAAGUUUCCAACUUCACCAGCGCAUUCACACGGGAGAGAAGCCAUUCUACUGCUCGCAGUGUGAGAAGAGUUUUACUCGGCUCAGCACUCUGCAAAGACACCAGCUCGUUCACACAGGAGAGAGACCGUAUCAGUGCUCAGAGUGCGGGAAGAGUUUUACACAACAGGUUAAUCUCCAGCUUCACCAGCGUCUUCACACAGGAGAAAAGCCAUGCCACUGCACGCAGUGCGGGAAGAGUUUUACUCGGCUGAGCACUCUCCAGAGACACCAACGCGUUCACACCGGAGAGAAGCUGUAUCACUGCACGGAGUGCGGAAAGUGUUUUACGCAGCAGGUUAACCUCCGAUUACACCAGCGCGUGCACACAGGAGAGAAGCCGUUUCACUGCUCACAGUGUCAGAAGAGUUUUACUCACUUGAGUACUCUCCAAAGACACCAGCGCAUUCACACAGGAGAGAAGCCGUAUCAGUGCUCGCAAUGCGGGAAGAGUUUUACUCACCUGAGUACUCUCCAGAGGCACCAGCUCAUCCACACAGGAGAGAAACCUCAUCAGUGCAUACAGUGUGGAAAAAUUUUUCUGCAUUGUGUAACUCUCCAAAGACACCAGCGCAUUCACACAGGAGAGAAACCGUACGAGUGCUCGCAGUGCGGAAAGACCUUUACUUACCAGAGUUAUCUCCAAACGCACCAGCGUGUUCAUACAGGAGAGAAGCUUUAUCAGUGCUCGGACUGCGGGAAGUUUUUUACUCGAAAGAGUACUCUCCAAAUCCACCAGCGCAUUCACACAGGAGAGAAACUGUACCACUGCGCGCAGUGUGGGAAGAGUUAUACACAGCAAAGCAACUUCAAAAUCCACCAGCGCACUCACACGGGAGAGAAGCCGUAUCAGUGCUCGCAGUGUGGAAAAGGUUUUACUCGACAGCAUCAUUUCCAGUUACACCAACACGUUCACACUGGAGAAAAGCCGUAUCAGUGUUCAGAGUGUGGAAAGAGUUUUACUCGACAAACUAACCUCCAGCUGCAUGAGCGCAUUCACACGGGGGAGAAGCCGUAUCAGUGCCCCGAGUGCAAAAAGAGUUUUACUACCCUGAGUGAUCUCCACCGACACAAGCGCAUUCAUACAGGAGAAAAGUCAUAUCGGUGUUCAGAGUGCGGAAAGAGUUUUACACACCUGAGCACUCUCCAGCAGCACCAGCGCAUUCACACGGGGGAGAAGCCGUAUCAGUGCUCAGAGUGCGGGAGGAGGUUCACGCAGCAGCGUGCCCUCCAACUCCACCAGAGCACUCACACAGGAGAGAAGCCGUUUUGUUGUUCGCAGUGUGGGAAGCGUUUUACUCGACAAACUACUCUACAAAUACACCAGCGCAUUCACACAGGAGAGAAACCGUACGAGUGCUCGCAGUGCGGAAAGAGAUUCACUUAUUUGGGUCCAUUUAAGGCACACAAGUGCUCGACCGUGGAACUGUCACCAUGUGACACUUUAACUUUAAAGCAAGAAACAUGAUCAUCAUUAUUCAUGUUAAUGUGGAAAAACGUUGGCGUGUACACCGAUCAGCUAUAACAGUAAAACCGUAGACAUAUAAACAUAGACGCCGCAUUGAGCUGGUGGCCCGUUGCUGGGAUACGUCAGAGUGUCCGCCGUAUUGGAUGUGGCAAAUCUUCCCCGUAAACCAAUGCAAGUAAAUGGACUGAACUUCAUAAAGCCCCUUUCUACAAUAAUGUUUAACUCGAUGCCUUUUAUUCACCCAUUAAGACACGCGUAUAUAUUUGGGAAACAAACAGGCAUCAAAACAACACGUAUAACUUUUAAUGUGAUGGUUAUAAAUAGCGUGCGAAAUACCCGUCAAUAUUCCGUGGGAGGUGUGGCCUAAAUUUCCUCAACAUGCAGCAGGCCGAUACCGGAAUCAAGCUAUCGGAAACUUGUUUUUUUUUUUUAUUCCGCUUCUACUAUCGUAGGCUACUAACGAUAUCUACACAUCAAGGCAUGUUUUGGAGCUCAGCGGGGAUCGUGUAGAAUAAUGUGCUGUGCUUACGCUGCUGAAGCCGUGCCGUGCCGUGCCGUCUCCGCAUCACUUUCAUUAAAUGCCGUGCAGAUAGGCUAUAAAAUGUCUCCAAAAACAAUUUUUGCAAUACACAGUGCUAUAUGGAAAAAAAUUCAAUUAAACCGUAUUACAAUGGGAUUGCUCCAUGUGAUUGCUUCACAUUCAGAAAGGUUAAAAACAUUCAUCAUACGUUCAAAAACGUUCAUCAUAGUGUGGCGCUGUAUUCUCUAAUUCUCACUGCUUAUAACUCUACACCCCCCCGGUGGAGAUGAGCUGGGAAACUGAAGACUGAAGGAGCAGCUCCCUCUCUGAUCCUGACUGUCUGACCUGUUCUGUCCAAAUCCUCCGUUCUGAAGUGUUCACUGCACAGCAUGGAUGACGGAGUAGCAGAAAACCCUUCCCGUCGCACAGCUGUCUCCCACUGCUUUUUCAUGGCUUUAUUUUUGGGAAACCUACAUAGUAUGUGAAAAGUUAGCUGAGCAACUAACAACAAUCAGCGUAGUUACGAAGGAAAUACUUCGUUGUUUGGAGACAGGUUUCACCGAGCGGCUAUUAUGCGCGAGACUUCAUAUUAGUGAGAAAGUCAGAAAAAUCUGUUCGUAAAAUUACGUUAUAAUGACCAAAUACAAUGAAAAGUAUUUUUCCAGUCUCACCUGUGAAAGGUAAUCCCAUGUGAUCUCGUUUGGACGGUAAACCUGUUGGUACAGUUAAACGCAGCACAUGAAUGAGGCAUCUUUAUUCUCGGCUGCUGUCUAGACGCUAUACCAGAGACGGCUGAAGAAUCUCCACUUUGCCACAUCCAAUAUGGCGGCGAGGAUGACGUAUGAUUCUACGCAGAAGGCGGCGUCUAUGUUUAUAUGUCUAUGAGUAAAACCACUCGCCUAAUAUUGUACAGGUUCUCCUCGUGCCGCAGCUACACUGCCCCAUUAGCAGCAAGCUGUGAUGCACUGUGCGUUCUGACACCUUUUAAUCAUGGUUAGCGUUAAUUUUUUCAGCAAUUUGUGUUACAGUAGCUGUUGGAUUGCAAAGUACAUUUUCUGUUUUCCCCUUUCAUAAAGAUGCAAGCAAGCACAAACUUGGAAGAGAGAGAGAAGAAAGUUUUAUUGAAGUUUCAGAUUCCUAUCCAGGUGUUGCCCCUCUGAGAGCUAGUGCAGUGCUCACACUCUACCGACUCCCAGCCUCCUCUCUCUCACAAAACACUUACAAAAACACGUUUUUACUAAAGUUCUUCAACCCAAAGUCAUAACAAAGACAAGGAUGGUACUGUGGGCCUCUGAAGCCUCAAACACACACACACACGUACACAUACCAUCAUCUCAUCUCAUCUCAUUAUCUGUAGCCGCUUUAUCCUGUUCUACAGGGUCGCAGGCGAGCUGGAGCCUAUCCCAGCUGACUACGGGCGAAAGGCGGGGUUCACCCUGGACAAGUCGCCAGGUCAUCACAGGGCUGACACAUAGACACAGACAACCAUUCACACUCACAUUCACACCUACGCUCAAUUUAGAGUCACCAGUUAACCUAACCUGCAUGUCUUUGGACUGUGGGGGAAACCGGAGCACCCGGAGGAAACCCACGCAGACACGGGGAGAACAUGCAAACUCCGCACAGAAAGGCCCUCGCCGGCCACGGGGCUCGAACCCGGACCUUCUUGCUGUGAGGCGACAGCGCUGACCACUACACCACCGUGCCGCCACAUACCAUCAUUUACAACACAUCUCAUCCUGCUUGUUCUAUGCUCUAGGUUUUACCCCUUAUCUGUGACCUGAGCUUGUAAAUACCUGUUUUGGGGCUCUGGUUUUAACACAAGUCAUUGGUCCAUUGGGGAAAAACUCUGUCCAUCAGGCAGAGAAUUAUACCAGGCCUAAAAUAAUGAAGAUCUAAGAAAACCCUCUUCACCAUUCUUCCCUCCCCCCCUUUUUGAUCAAUUAAGUUAUUAAUAAUCAAAACAAAAGAAAGAGUAUAUAAGUGGUGACGUAUGAUAAUGGUUGUGAAUAUGAAAUAAGUGGAUAAACAUGAAAACAACAAGCAACUAAAAUUGCUGAGAUGAAUGGUGAGGCUGAGUUAAUGCUCUACUUGCGUGCAGGAAUUUUAGGGUCUGUAAAUCAUAAUAAUGAUCAGUAUGACUGAAUUGAGGUAGUUUGUCUUUGUGAAUGAAGUGCCCGAACUCUGGCCAUUUGGAGGCAACCAGAGAUGCAGGUCUUCAUUAUAGCAGCGGCAACUGGGAAAAACAACAGAAGAAGAAUGAUUGGCAUGGCAAUUUGAACUGUUAUUGAAAACCAUGGCCCACUCCAUGAUGACAGUCAUGAAUUCAAAGCCCAAUCAUGUGUUUGUGAAUGUCCAUGACUAGGGAGGAAACUUUCACUGAUGUGUCUAGAAUGACUGUGGAACGUUCCUUGACAAUAACGGUGCAAGUGCCUCCUUUUCUGCUAUCAUUGUCAUGUGAUGGAUUGAAUGUGUGAUUCAUCUUACCGUUACUGAUUCUUCCAUAACACUCACCCUCAACAAUGGUAUGCUGUGUUCACACUUAUACCGGUACGAAAGUGGUAUAACUGUAUCGAUACAAAGUAUAUCGGUACAGUUUAGUGCAUCUGUCCACACUAGCGAGAAAUGUUUGCGGUUUUCUUUCACAGUAGUUGAAAUGCUUCCAUGGUUACCGAGUAACUUUUUUCAGAGAAUAUAUGGCAUCCAUUAUUCCGAGAUCUCGAGAAAACAAAACAAUUAUUUCAUGAUCUCAGCUGGAUCACUGUAUCUCCGUCGGUAGAGACGAAGCCGGGCCAGUCUUCUGCGGAGGUGCCGCGGACUAAUUUUGAAAUUAUCCCUUAUUAAAAGACUUAAUGCAAUCUCUCCCUGUGUCAACCCCUGAUCAAAAUAUUGCCUUAUUAGGUGAUCGAUUAUUCCAGACAUUCUAAUGACCAAAGUUGCGUCUAUACAGAAUGAGAAAUAGCCCCAAAGUCAGCAUAUCACAAGUCUCUUGGCGCACCUGAAUGAACCAUUUCUCAGCUGUUUACUCGAGAUCAUGAAAUAAUUGUUUUGUUUUCUCGAGAUCUCGAAAUAACAGUUUUGUUUUCUCGAGAUCUCAAAUUAGUUGUGUUGUUUUCUCGAGAUCCUGAAUUAAUUAUGUCGUUAUCUCGGGAUAACAAGGUGAAUAAAAAAAAGGAUUAUAUGAAGGGCCUCUCUCGGCUUCCGUACGGAUGAAACAGCGUGUGUGUGCUUUUUGUUGUCAGUGUACAGUCUGUAUUUCUGGUGGUCAUUUAUUCAGUCGAAUCGUAUAAAACGUGCGAGGCAGUUGAGAAAGAAACAAACGAAUCUCCGUUCUUCACUAUUUUAUUCAGCGAAGACAUCGAUUGAGGUGUGUGACUUUGCGCAUUAUAUUUGUAUCGAUACAGAGCCGCUUCAUCUGUCCACACUACAGCGAAGCGCUACAGUACCGAUACUGUACCAGUACGAACCCCAUACAUUUGUGGGUUUCGUACCGAUACAGUUACAGUGGUGCUUGAAAGUUUGU